AUGCCAGGACGACAUACACCGAGAGUAUGGAGUCAUUCAGACGUGGGACGCGGGAGGAAAGGGUCGGUUUAUCUAACUCUCGAAUGCAGAGGUGAAAAUGGAUUAAGGAAUGCAUUUAGAUUAUUUGAAAACGACGACUCGCCUAACACAGUUGAUAAAUUGUCGGAGGCACUUGCCCGAAAAGUCGGGACAAAAGUAGAACUUCAAACAGGGAUUGACAUUGACAAAAAAGACACUUUAGAAAAGGAAAACAUCAUUUAUAGACGACAGCACAACCAAGACGAAAAAAGAAAAGAUGUGGGGAAAAGAGAGGCAGAGGAAAAACGCCUGCGAGAAGAAGAAAGAAAAACGGAGGAGGAACGCAAGAAGUGGAAAGACGAAGGCGAGAGGAGACAAAAGCGAGAGGAAGACGAGAGAAAAAAACAAGAAGAAGAAAGACGACGAAAAUUAGAAGAGAUGCGACAGCGAGAUGAGGAAAAACGCAAAAGAGAAAAAGAGAAAACUCGGCAAGACGAAGAAAGACGAAAUUUAGAAGAAGAGAUGCGACAGCGAAAUGAGGAAAAACGCAAAAGAGAGGCAGAGGAAAAACGCCUGCGAGAAGAAGAAAGAAAAACGGAGGAGGAACGCAAGAAGUGGAAAGACGAAGGCGAGAGGAGACGAAAGCGAGAGGAAGACGAGAGAAAAAAACAGCAAGAAGAAAGACGACGAAAAUUAGAAGAGAUGCGACAGCGAGAUGAGGAAAAACGCAAAAGAGAAAAAGAGAAAACUCGGCAAGACGAAGAAAGACGAAAUUUAGAAGAAGAGAUGCGACAGCGAAAUGAGGAAAAACGCAAAAGAGAAAAGGAGAAACAUCGGCAAGAUGAAGCAAGACGAAAGCUUGAAGAAUAUGAGCGCGGAACGAGUGUACCCACAAAAAUGUGUGUACUUGGUGUAUGUGCUGGUAUUGGUAUUGGUAUUGGUAUGAUGGUUGGUCCUCCAUUGGGUGCAGCCGUCGGUAUGGCAGUUGGAGCUAUAUCAGUGAUGACACUUUUGAACCAACCAGUGUUUGAUGUCAGAGGAGAAUAUGAAGAACAGAAAGAAGAAGAAAGACGAAAGCGUGAAGCUGCUGAACGAGGAACGAGAAAAGAAGAAUAGAACAGGAAACAAAAUGCUACUUGUGAUGGUCGAGCAGCUGCAGGUGGUCGUCUUCGAUUAAGUAGAUUCCUGUGAGCUCUAAGAGCAAAUUUAAUGGCAGAGACGGAAAAGACAUAAACUGGUAGUCUCAAAUAGGAUAGUCCAGCUUCAAUACAUUGAAAAUCCACAGGAAUUACUAACAAUAAAAUAAAGAGAUCAGAAGAAUUUGAUCGCCUUCGAUGAUAGUAGGCAAAACACUUGGAGCUCUAAGAGCAAAUUUAGUGACGCAGACGAUAUAGACACAAACUAGUAGAUUUAACGAGGCUUUUCCAGCUUUAGUAUACUUACAAUCCACGGGAAUUACUAACAAUGAAAUAAAUUUAAGAGAUCAGAAACAUAUUAAAUAGGCACUUACUUUGCAUUGUGGUAUUCAAUGUAUACGUAUCAGAAUCGGUAUGCAUCGCUAUACAAACCUCAGCCCAUACAAAGCAUCAGUACCGGUCACUGCGGCUCGUUAUCUGAUUUACUGCAUGCUCGUGUACAGUGUAUAAUGUACAGUGGCGCUCGCGAUAAAUUUCCCUGUAAUCUCGUUUGUAAACGCUUUCGAAACGGUUCCCGUUUCCGUUAAAGACCUAGAUUCAUUACUAUAUAAGUGUACACUCCCCACGCCCCCCCCCCCCCCCCCCCCCCCCCCCCCCCACACACACACAGAAAUCCAAUAUACAACUCUCAUCUUAUCUGCUGUUUAUCAGCGAUAAUGUAACAGUAGCUGAGUAGAGGGCAAUUAGCACAGCAGGAAUCCAAACUAGACCAUGAAGAUGAAAACCAAACGUACAGUGGAGUUGAAAGAAAUUAAUAUUCCCUUGUUGAAUGUGAAAUAAUAAUGAUAAUGAUAAUAAUAAUAAUAAUAAUAAUAAUAAUAGAUGUUAUUAUAAUAAUAAUAGGUAUUAUUUUUAUAAUGAUUAUUAUCAUUAUUAUUAUAACUAUAUCUAUAUUAUCAUUAUUAUUAUUAUACAGACAAUUAUUAUCAUCAGAUUAUAAUUAUUCUAUAAUAUUACAAAUUAAAAGCAUAAAAAUAUAGUGAUAAUAUCAAAAAUAAUAAUGAUAAUAAAACUCAGGUACAUGUAUUAUAGUGAAAACUCAAUGACUUUUUCUUGUGUUGACAAACAAUAUCUUAUAAUACUAGUAUCAUAAUAAUAAUGAAAAAGGUCAUACCGGUGAAGAUGACCCUUCCAUAAACUUUAUAUAGAAAACUUUCAAAAAGAAUAAGAAAAUGAUUUUCUAAUAAACAUGAAAUUAUGGAAUAUAAUAUUACUGGAUAUAAUCAAAUUAUUGUGUUCUGUCUGUUCUGAAUUUUUGAUUGCGGUUUGCCUAACGUUUUUUGUUUACGUUUUUCGUGCUUUACUUUAUAACCCUGAAAUGGACAUUCGGUUUUCAAUCUUAGACAAAUGGUAUUUACAGUACUCUGCAAUAGAUGUUUUUAAGAAAAGUAAAGUUUGAUUGUGUGCGUAGCUCCUGACAGUACUUGAAAAAUAAUAAGAAGUUGCAUAUUACUCCUAAAACAUAAUGAAGUUUGCGAUAUAUUCCUAAAGAAGGUUCUUCUUAUUUUAAUAUUAUGUUUAAUCACCAAAUAUUUUUCUUGUCAAAAUAGAUAAAACUUAAUUAAAAGUUAUCAGAUAUUUAUUUAAAAAAUACAAUGUUACCCGUUCUCACUAAUUGUUACACUUAUAAAGUAGACUGUAUUUCCAAUAAACAAUGACCCUUGUUUAUUGAAACCAUACUGUGAUAUUCAUUAGCCCCCAACUGAGCUAAUGAAGACAAAUAUCUCUUGGCCCACUGACAAGAUCUAGGCCUUUGACUAACGGUUAUCUCAGUAAUCUUUCAAUCAAAUGAUAUCUAAACGAUAAGCGUUAAUCGAGAAUCGAUCAGCCAAUCAAAAGCUUGGCGGCGUUCCCAAUAAGUCAAAUGGUAUCUAAACGAGAAGUUUUAAUCGAAAAUCAUUCAGGCAAUCAAAAGUUCGAUAGGCGUUCCGUUUACAAAUAAGUGGAUCGGUAACAAAAAGAAACAAACAAAAAAACUGCAAUUCAUUCUACUUUGAAAUUGUGAAAAUGUAAUUUACCAUUUAUACCCGGUAUGACGAGAUACUGGAAAGGUCUUAAUAUUAUCGGGAAAUGUCUGUCACAUGUUUAUUAUUCGAUAUUAUUGAACUAUUGUUCAUAUUUUAUUUCUUUAUUUAAAAAGAAAAUGAGUUAUGCAAAUAAAAAUAUCUAUCGAUCUUACAGUUUUUACGAAUAAAUGACAAUAUAUGAGCCGGUAAAUGAAAUGGUCUGAAACGGUCUGCUAUGUUUGUUUUGUGAUUUAUUUGAUUAUUACGUCAUAUUUCACUAAAAAGUUAAAACAGAAAAUAAAAGUACAAAAGGUUCUUUCUUCAGUUUUAGAUGAAUUUACAUAUAUUUUACACAUCAGCGUAUAAAUCACGCUCACCGAAAAGGAUUGAACAUCGGAAAGGAUCUCUAAUAUAUUUAUUUUGGGUAUUAUUUCAGUAUUUUUUUCGUAUUUUAUUUAUCAUUUGGAAAUGUAAAAUGAUUUUCUGUUUUAAAAUGAAAGAAAGACAAAAUGUGAGUCAGUGCUUAAAACAUGCUGAUCGGAAAGGGCUGGACAUAUUUGGAAAUGCCUGCUAUAUAUUUAUUAUUGCACUUUAUUUCAUUAUUCUUUUACGAGUCAUAUAAAACACAUAAAAAAAUAAAUGCAAUUUUCACCAAAUCACACAACAGCCUUUACUAUGCGUCGCAAGACAGAUAAAAUAUAAGAUCAGUUUAAGAAACUCAUGCAUUGAUAAAUUGUGACUGAAUUUGAUUUAAGAAAUAAUAAAUAUGUGCCUAUAUUUUAUCAGUUAAUAAAAUAUGGGCAGGAGUUCAGAUGCGUAAUAAUUAAAUCACGAGUGCGUAGCACGAGUGAUUUAAUAUUCGCGUCCGAACGACUGCCCAUAUUUUAUCAACUGAUAAAAUUAUUGGAACAUAUUUAUUAUUUCGAUUCUAACCACGCAAAUUCUUCGCAUUUUACAGCACUACAUUUUAGCGCGAUAUGUCAUUCGGUUGGCCAUAUGCUAUUAUAAAAACCUCCCCACGAAUGGAAAGCGUUACAUCAAACGGAAUUUUCCGAUAUUCAAUAAAUUUUAAUUAAGUUAUUAAGUAGUUAUUGCCGUGAAAAUGUUAUUUUUAAUAACAUCUAAGGUCGGAUAUAGAAAUCAGAGAUAAAUACUUAAUGCAGAGUUUAUAUAUGCAGUUUCUAAAAAUAGUACACGUCACCUACAUGAUGGCACUGAAACAUACACGCUAGGACAUUGCGGCGGCAUAUAAACACGUAAACACUUGAGUCUGGAAGAUUGGAACAUGAAUUAUGAUUUAUUUACUGUCAAAGUAGAAUCUAGUUGACAUUUGUGGUGCCUAGCUACAACGCAGGAAUUGUACACUACACACACGACCAGACAUAGAUGCACUGGUGUUGAAGUUGAAACUUACCGGGCUGAAACAUUUUCUUACGGUAAAAAUAUCAACAAAUAAAUUCAUCAGUUAGAAAUUGUUUGUUUCAGAAAAUUUGAUGUACUUUUUAUUACUACUAGCACUGAAAAAUCGAAUAUUUAGUCGGUAUUAUACUGUAUAUAAUGGAAGCAGAGUAGAAUCUCACAGUCAUGUUACAAUCGUAGGGCGGAAUGGAAGAGCUAUAUUUUAUCGUAGAUUCAUGUAUAGGCGAAUUCGCUAUAUGUUUAUAUAGCAGCUGCUGCGGAUCGUGUUAGAAUGGAUUAUCACACCUAUCGAUUAUAACCAUUAUUUUUUUUGGACUUAACGUCGCACCGACACAUGAUAGGUCAUAUGGCGAUUUUCCAGCUUUAAUGGUGGAGGAAGACCCCGGGUGCCCCUCCGUGCAUUAUUUGAUCACGAGCGGGCACCUGGGUAGAACAACCGACCUUCCGUAAGCCAGCUGGAUGGCUUCCUCACAUGAAGAAUUCAACGCCCCGAGUGAGGUUCGAAACCACAUCGAUGAGGGGCAAGUGAUUUGAAGUCAGCGACCUUAACCACUCAUCCACGGAGGCCUCGAUUAUAACCAUUAAUUAGGAUAUCUUGCAAGUACACAAAAUUAGCACGCGACAAUUUUUUCCACUGACUUCUAUUAUACCUUUGACUUCUUAACAGCUGAUCGCCUCUAUUUACUUUAGUUGCUUUCUUUAAGAGAAUUUCGCUUGAUACUACUAGUGUAAAGUGUUUUAGAUUUUAGCAUACAUGUUUUUCAAUAAAAUACACAAAGGGUUAUAUGUGUUCUGUUUGCAUGAAAUAGUGUGACUAAACAUUCGGUAAAGUAUGUGCAUUUAGAUAUGAUCGUGCAAUUUAUGGCAUAAUUAUCCAUAUAAUUUGAAAAUGAAGAACAACAGGUAAAUUUGGUGUAAUAUUCUGUUGUUGUUUUUUUUGCAAACAGUUCAAAACGAAGAUACAUACGUAUUCCUGUAAAUUUUCAAGGAAUAAAAUAACAAGGUUUUA